UCCCUCGCCAGAAUCAUUGUUCAGUUUUCCCUACUGGGUUCACCACCGAACCGUGAGGAAGAGAGAACCUUGGAGAUGUUUACCCAAUGGAGAUUCUUCACUCUCCUCGAAUUCCUGACUCUGCUGCUCUCCAUCUCUCAAUCCACGACAGCACACCCACAUCCAGAAUUCCCAUGUAAACCUCCACAGCACAGCUCCUACGCCUUCUGCAACACCUCACUUCCCAUCUCAACCAGAGCACAAUCUCUUAUCUCGCUCCUUACCCUGGAUGAGAAGAUUCAACAGCUCUCCAACAACGUAACACCAAUCCAGAGGCUUGGGAUUCCUGCCUACGAGUGGUGGUCCGAAUCUCUCCACGGGAUCGCCGACAACGGCCCUGGUGUUUCAUUCAAUGGAUCGAUCUCAUCCGCCACUAGCUUCCCGCAAGUGCUCGUUACUGCAGCAUCCUUCAAUAGAAGCCUAUGGUUUGCGAUUGCUGAGGCAAUCGCUGUGGAGGCAAGAGCGAUGUAUAACGUGGGUCAGGCUGGGUUGACAUUCUGGGCACCCAAUAUCAACAUAUUCAGGGACCCCAGAUGGGGGAGGGGACAGGAGACACCCGGAGAAGAUCCCAUGGUCGCCGCUGCUUACGCCAUCGAGUACGUGAGGGGUUUCCAGGGAGAGAAUUGGAACAGCGAUGGAAGCAGAAGAGAAGAUAAUGGGGUGCUGGAAGGGUCUGACGACAGUUUGAUGCUCUCUGCCUGCUGCAAACACUUCACAGCCUAUGAUCUGGAGAAGUGGGGGGAAUUCAGUCGAUACAACUUCAAUGCUGUGGUUUCACAGCAAGAUUUGGAGGACACGUAUCAGCCGCCAUUUCGGAGCUGUAUCCAAGAAGGCAGAGCAAGCUGUCUGAUGUGUUCCUACAAUUCGGUAAAUGGAGUCCCCGCGUGUGCACGGAAGGAUCUGUUGCAGAAAGCUAGAGAGGAUUGGGGAUUCAAAGGGUACAUCACCUCUGACUGUGACGCAGUAGCCACUGUCUAUGAAUACCACGGGUAUGUGAAGACCCCAGAAGAUGCAGCUGCAGAUGUUCUCAAAGCAGGAACGGAUAUCGACUGCGGAACAUAUUUGCUUCGUCAUACUCAGUCGGCAAUUGAGCAAGGGAAGAUCCAAGAAGAGGACAUAGAUAAAGCUCUCCUCAAUCUGUUUUCAGUUCAACUUCGUCUUGGUCUUUAUGAUGGAGACCCUAUCAAAGGCCAGUUUGGGAAGUUGGGACCCUUGGAUGUCUGCACUCAACAACACAAGGAAUUGGCACUGGAGGCAGCAAGGCAGGGCAUUGUGCUUCUGAAGAACGAUUACAGGUUCCUGCCACUGAAUAAAAGCACUGUUGGGUCUGUAGCCGUCAUUGGCCCUGCUGCACACAAUACAAGCAUCUUGGGUGGUGGCUACACAGGUACUCCUUGCAAUCCAAUAAGUUACUUUGAGGGGCUUAAAGAAUACAUUGAAAAGACUUCAUAUGCUCCUGGCUGCCUUGACAUACAGUGCACAGUUCAUAAUGGGCUCACUGAAGCCAUUCAAAAUGCAAAGGAAGCUGAUGUUGUAAUCGUGGUCGUUGGGCUGGACUUGUCCCAGGAAAACGAGGAACGGGAUCGAUUUAGCCUUCUGUUGCCUGGUAAACAGACGGACCUCAUAUCUGCCGUUGCUGACUCAAGUAAAACACCAAUACUCCUUAUUCUCACUGGAGGUGGCCCUCUAGAUGUCUCCUUUGCCAAAGAUGACCCUCGUAUUGCUGGCAUUAUCUGGGUUGGAUACCCAGGUGAGACCGGUGGACAAGCACUUGCUGAGCUCAUCUUUGGUGAAUUCAAUCCAGGUGGAAGGCUCCCUAUGACCUGGUAUCCAGAGUCAUUCAUCCAUGUACCAAUGACUGAUAUGAGUAUGCGGCCAGAUCCUUCACGCAGUUACCCUGGACGAACUUACAGAUUUUACACUGGAGAUAAUGUAUACAGAUUUGGAUAUGGCUUGAGCUACACCAACUAUACUUACAGUUUCUUAUCGGUGCCUGACAAAUUAAGUUUGUUGGGUUCUUCCCAAAAGCAUCGCUACAACAUCCGCACGCUAAGGCAGAGUAUAGAUGGCCAUGAAUAUGUUCCUGUGGAUGAGGUAGAGUCUUGUGACGCAUUGAGAUUUCACACAAAGAUAUUGGUGACCAAUAAUGGGGACAUGGAUGGGAGCCAAGUUGUAAUGUUGUUCUCCAGAAUGCCUGCCACAUUUAGAGGUGCUCCACAGAAACAACUUAUUGGAUUCACUCGCUUGAAUACUUUGUCCCACAGUGCAACUGCAACCAGCAUCUUGGUUGACCCAUGCAAACAUCUUAGUUCUGUCAACGAGCACGGAACAAGAAUCCUGCCCUUGGGAAACCACAUUCUAAUGUUAGAAGGCUCAGAGCAUUCCAUCUCCAUUCAAACUUAAACAAGGCAACUUGAUACAUACUGAAAGAGCCUGAAGAUUUUGGCCUUCACACAUCAGAAUGAUUUUCGCUCAAUAAGUAUUGUAUUUAUUGUUGGCAACAGAAAUUGCUUGGUACUUGAACUUCAAGGAUUCUUGUAGAAUGAAGACCUCAAUAUGCUAAUCAAAAAUUUUAUUUUGUUACUGGAGCAUGUCCAUACACAAAUCAGGUUACUGUUAUUGGACCUGCAAAGCCUGUCUAAACACUUUAAUAACUAGAGAUGAAGCUGCAGCUUACAAGAUACACUUUGAGAA